AUGAAAGGUUCACACAGUGUUGUAGUCCUUGGAAUGAUAGCUUGUAUAUUAGUGUUUGAAUCUUAUUUAAAUUACGCAGUGUCGAUUAUUACAGACCAAUCUAGUAAGAAGGGGAGUAUACGGUUAAAAGAAUUAACAGACACUGACAAUCAUGUUCAUCCCGCACCAAUUGUGAUAUUAACCUAUAUGAGAAGUGGUUCCUCUCUUGUCGGAGAUAUAUUACAGCAGGGUAAAGAUGUAUUUUAUUUAUUUGAACCACUCAGACUUGCACAGUUUCGACUAAGGAAGAAACAGCCAUACUAUAACCUUGAUGGAAAUGAAAGGUUGUAUAGCAGUUUCUUUGACGCCGGCAGAGAUAUAAUAAGAAACUGGACAACAAUAUACAGGGAUCUCGUAACUAUUGAUAUAUUAUCUAAAAAGUAUCCGGAAAGAGUUUUAACAUUUUUCUAUGAAGAUCUUGCCAAAGAUCCUCUAAAAAUGUCAAAACAAUUGUACAAAUUCACAGGCAUAAGUUACACACCGGAAGUGGAAAAAUAUGUCUUCAAAAUUACAAUGGCUGGAAAAUACGUCAAUUGUGGUAGUUUAUGUACAGUUAAAUCGAAUUCAUCAAAAGCAGCAGAUGCUUGGCGGUCAAAGUUAAAUAUGCCAAAAGCUCGAAUCAUUGAUAGGUCAUGUAGGCCUGUGUACCAACGGUUAGGAUUCAGGGAAAUAAAGAGUGAGGAAAUGCUAAAGAAUCACGAAAUCCCUUUGAGAGUAGAACGUGAAAAUCUAAAUGACUAUCGUUAUGCAUAAUCAAUUGCAUUAGGGAUUAUUGCUGGUGAUAAGCGUACAACACUGAAUAUGUUGCUGCGUAAAAAAAUUUCUUUACCAUGUAAAUUGGUUGGUGUCAUGUCAUGUCAUGUCAUGUAUAUUUUGUCAAAUAGUAGUAUUUGCGCGUUUUACUUAAGGAUGUACUUAUUAUAAGGUAAAAUUAAAUAGAGAUCAAAAUACCGUUCUAUAAGUCAGAAGAGCAUACGUAAAGAAACACAAUACAAUAAAUAUAUAUUCAUAGGUUAUAAUUUAAAGUUUCCUUUUCGAGAUAUUUCUUUUCUAAAAAAGUGUCGAGAAAAGGCUGACCCGGACUUUUACCACAUAUUUGUAUUUGCAUUAUAUUUGGGCUUCAAAUCGAUAGAAAAUAGAUCUUCAAACAGCUUAAAUUUAGGAAAAUAACCUUUUAUGAACUUUGAAGUCUUGUAUGAAAAAGAAAAAAAUGGUGUAUGAGGGCAAAAUAUUUAACUCUGUAUUAUAGGGUGAUAAUGAGUCCGAAAAUCUGACAAAUAUUUCUAAAGCUGACAUAAGGACAUCUUCAAGCACUUAUUCUAGUUUCUCGUUAAAAAUCAAAAUGCAAUAUUAUCAAACUAAAUGUCAUUCAGUAUUUAUCCGUUUUCUUAUUGUUACUAGUAAUCCUUACAAUACUUUGAAACCAUUAAUCCUUAUUUUGAAGAUGUAAAUGACAACCUUUAAGUUUGAUCUACAAUGUAAGAGAAUUUUUACUUGGAAUCAUAAGUAACAAAAAAAUAUAUUUGUUUGAAAUAGGGGAAAAAUGCUUUUAA